GAGGGACAAGGUGAAGUUGAGGAGUUAUGGAAAGAUGUAACUGCUGAUUUCCUUGCUUUUUAUGGUUUGCACUGAUGAGAUAUGCACCUCAAAGCAUAUUUAAUAAAUAGGUAGCAUGGCUGAUAGCUAGUCACAUAGAGAGUGAUCUGUAUUGUUAUGUAUCACCCCCUUUAUACCUCCCCUGUGCUUUGACAUGGGCUCCCCUGCCAGACCUGGUAAUUGUUGCUCCAUCCUGGUAGUUGCCAAAAGCAGCUAUAAGAAGCUCCAUGGGGAAUCCAGGAAGAAUGAAGCUCUAUGAGAGGGGACAUGGGAGGAAGCACAGCUUUGCAAUGGGGCCAGGAAGGGAAGCAGUGCCGUGAGGGACAUGAGGCUGAACUUGUGCAUGGGUCAUCAGAGAAGAGCUUCACCUCCACUGCUCUCUUCUCCCUCCUUCUGCCAUUCCCAGGCCAAGCCACACACAACCCUGCUUAUCCACACAGACACUCACUUCCCUUGGGCUUUCCAGUGAGCUGCUGCAUGAUAUGCUAGAGAAACUAUGAGGGGUGAGCAAGGAUAUAGGGCUCGCCAGGGGGUGACUGAGGAGGUAGGGGGGCAGGGUUCUAGGGGAGGCCUGGGAUGGAAGAAUUGUCUAGUGAUUCAGGAGGAAAGCUGGUUCAGUGAUUAAGAUGCUACCCUAGGACUUGGGAGGUCUGAGUUCAAAUCCCUGCUCUGCUACGGAGUUCCUGUGAGACCUUGAGCAAGUCAUUUCAUUUCUCAGGCGUCAGUCACCAUUGUACAAUGGGGACAAUACCUCAGAAGCAUGUGGGGAUAAUACACUAGUGAUUAUGAGGCACUCAGACACAACAGUGAGGGAGGCCAGACAAGCACCUCAGAGGAAUGAGACCUGGGAAGCCCAGUACCUCUUUGGUGAGGCACCAGCACUUAUCAGGCUCCCCUAGCACUGCUGCCUCCACUCCCUGUGCCCAAGACAAAAGCUAAACUCCAGACAGGUCUUUCAGCCGCUAAUCAUGUAAUUCAUUUGCCUGGCCUGGUCUCACCCCCCUGAGUCCGAGUGCUGCUGGUUGCUUGCAUUUCUCUGCAGGAUCUGGGAGUUCCCUAAUGACUUUCCCCUUUUCCACACGGAGGUCUCUCUCUCUGUGUUGAAUUUUAGGUUCUCUUCCCCUAACAGUGAGUGGUGGGAUGGGGGAGGGCCUGUUUCUGGCUGGCUGUCUAUCCCAUUGACUCAGUGAAGUCUCGGAUCCAGGUGCUUUCCAUGGCAGGGCGGCAAGAUGGCUUCCUGCUCUUCUUUCUUCACAUCUUGAGGACAGAAGAUUCCUGUAUGUACCACCCAGGUGUUCCCAUAUUCCAUGAUGCCCUGAAGGGCUGGUCUUGUUGCAAGAAACGAACCACAGACUUCUCAGAAUUCCUCUCCAUAAAGGGCUGCAUGAAGGGGUGUCACAGCAAUGAGAAGCCCCCUGAGCCCUUCCGGCCAGAGGAUAGCUCAGACAAGCUGAAGGCCAAGCCAAGCACAGAACUCAUCAUCCAAAGCCCAAAAUCAGCUGAGAAGAUGCAGCGUGAAAGGCCAAGCUCUGAUGAGCCAAGACAGCCACUGCUGAUUAAAGUGUCUAGGUCUCUGGAGCAGACCCUGGAGAAGCUGAAGCUGGCCUCCAAAAACCAAUGCCCAGAGGGAGGUUCCUUGUGCAGGGCAGAGGCCAUUCCAGAGGUCAGGACUGGCACCACCUGUAAGAACUCAGGCUGUAAGGCGAUCUACAAGGGGGCAGAGAAUGAGAUGGAGGCUUGUAUUUUCCACCCCGGAAUUCCUGUCUUCCAUGAAGGUAUGAAGUACUGGAGUUGCUGUGGCAUUAAAACUACAGACUUCAGUGCGUUUCUGGAGCAAGAGGGCUGCAGCACUGGGAAACACAGCUGGCUAAAGAAGGAGGAUACGAAGUUGGUCUCUUGUCGACAAGACUGGCAUCAAACCAGCAGCCAAGUGGUGGUGACAAUUUAUGCCAAGAAUCCUCUGCCAGCACUCAGCUCUGUGACGGCCAGUCGCACUGUGAUUGAUGUCCAUAUCAUGUUCGAAGGUGACAAGGUUUUCCAGGCAAAGCUGGAUCUCUGGGAGGUCAUUGAUGUACAGAAGAGCUUUGUAAACAUGGUGCCCACAAAGGUGGAAAUCACCCUGCAAAAGGCUAGCCCCAUGACCUGGGCCAAACUGGAGCAUCUCCAGAGCAGAUCUCAGCCCAAACAAGACCAGACCGAGAAAGAUCCUGUGGAUGCUGAGGACCCCGAAGGAGUGCAAUGGGAGGAGUCAGAUGAUAGCUUGAGCUGGUCAGAGGAGGCAGAUGAGGAGCAGGAGGAAGGAGCAGUAAGCAAAUGACAUUCAUGUAGUGUCUUCAAAACAGAGAUUGAAGCCUCUUUCUUUCAAAGACAAGCAUGUGGGACCCCAGAACCAUCUCCAGGUGAGCAGACUGAAUUCCCUGGAGACUGAGGGCCAGCUCUGAAUUUAAAGCUGCUAGAGACACUGCCUCCCAAGUGUAAAGAGUUCAGCUCACCUAUGUCUCUCUGGCAGUGUCUACACUGCGAUAUUUCUUGUACACUUGGGAAGAAGUUAAAGAGCAGCUACUAAAGUUUGACAUUUUUAAAUCAGCAUUCAGGUGUUUAAAAAAAUCUGGCUGAGGAGCUCACUGGACUGUUAAAAUGUUAGUUUUCAUUAAGUCCUGAAAAAUCCCAGAAGUUCUAAAACACUGGAGGAAAGCUAAUGUUGUGACAGUAUUCAAGAGGGUAAAUCAUAUAACCUGGGUAAUUAUGGGCCUGCCAGUAUGACAUUGAUCCCAGGAAAGAUAAAGGAGCUGCUGAUAUGGGACUUU